UCAAUUUACAUAUUAUGCAAAUUAGAUAUCUAAACAUAUAAAUCAAAACAGACUAGAUUGAUGAUUGCUAUAACAAUGUAAUAGUGUCUAGUAUUUUUGGGGUUUCGAUCAGUGAUAAAGAUUAAAGAGUGACUGGAGCUACAGUAACAUUGGUACUUGUGCCAAGCAAUGCAUCCAACUCCGACAUAGUACAAGGAGAUAUUGCUUUAUGCAUCGGUGUUAGUUUAAUUUGUUAUAGUUACACCUAUUGAAACAAUAACUUCUAUGUACCCAUAUAUAGCGUGUACUAGGUGCAAGAUAUAUUGAAAAUAAAUAAUUUUAUCGUACCGUAAGUAAACAGCAUUUCAAAUAACAGCAUUCAGUGCUAACAGUGAUAAAUUUAUUUUUAAAAAACCAGGAGACUUUCAAAAUAGUGUAAAUUAAUUUGGAAAAGAACGCCUGCCUAAAUUCAAAGAAAGGCUAAAUCAACGAUAAAACACUCAGAGCUAACCGUUACUAACUGAUUAUAAAAUGAAGUGCGCUGGUUGUUUUAACAACAUCAUUGAAGCCACGUCUAUUGGAUGUAGUGUUCCAAUAUGUGAGAGACGUUUUUGCAACGAUUGUAUCAGUAUAAACUCUUCAACAAGUGAGCGUAGGAAUCAGUGGCUUUGUCCCGAAUGCAGUUCACUGGAGAAUAAUACAGAUGAGUCGACUCUAUCAAGACCAAACAUCGACAGCCACAAUAUUUCUCUUCUUAACAUAACAGAGACUAUGCCACUACUGCCAACACUGGCCAGUGUUGGCGGUAGUUCGGAGACAUUUGAUGUACAAAACCUCUUGACAGAAGUAAGGUUGCUCACAAAGGAGAUAAAUCGUUGCCAUGAAAGAAUCGAUCUUUUGGAGGCUACUGUAAUAUCUAAUGAGUCGCACAUAUAUACUACUGAGAGCCAAGAGAACGAGGGAGAGAACAACGAAAUGGAAUUCCUCAAAUGCACCAUAAGUGAAUUACAGGUGAGAAUGAAUGCGCAGGCAGUAAACCAUCUUAAGAAGGAAAUUGAACUCUGCGGCAUCCCGGAAUUACCAAGUGAAAAUGCAACCCAAAUAACGUUGCAUUUGGCGCAGGAAAUCGGUGUAGAAUUAUCAGAUCAAGAUAUAGACUGGACAACUCGAGCAGGACCGCGUAUUUUACCUUCAGACAAAUCCACGGGAAAUGCCAGAAAACACUCCCGUCCCAUAGUUGUGCGCUUAUUACGGCGCUCUAAACGGGAUGAAAUAAUAAAAGCAUCCAAAACACGACGAAAUAUCACAAGCAGUGAUUUGGGCUUACCUGGACCGGCACAAAAAGUUUUCAUAAAUGAGCGACUUACGCAAUUAAACAGGCUAUUCUUUCGUGAGUGCCGAACACAAUCGAAACGCGUGGGAUAUAAUUUCUGUUGGUGCAAUAACGGAAUAAUAUAUGUUAGAGAACGUGAAGGGAAAGCUGCUAUUGUUGUCCAGAGUUACGAAGAUCUUGAACGACUUAUCAAUAAAAAGAAAAAUACAGCAGACGAUACGUCAACUCCAUAAACUUUUAUGUAGGUAAAACUUUUACAAUAUUUCUAAGAUGUUUUUAGCGAUAAUAUAUACUAUUGCAAAUUGCAAUUGCAAAUAAACACUAAUUGUAAUUUAAAAUACA